ACACCAUGCCACAAGAAGAGUGAGCUCUUCCCCGUUUUCACAAUGGAGGACUCGGGAAAGACUUUCAGCUCCGAGGAAGAAGAAGCAAACUAUUGGAAAGAUCUAGCGAUGACCUACAAGCAGAGGGCAGAGAAUACACAGGAGGAACUCCGAGAAUUCCAGGAGGGAAGCCGAGAAUACGAAGCUGAAUUAGAGACACAGCUGCAACAAAUUGAAACCAGGAAUCGAGAUCUCUUAUCAGAGAAUAACCGCCUUCGAAUGGAGCUGGAAACUGUCAAGGAGAAAUUUGAAAUGCAGCAUUCUGAAGGCUACCGGCAGAUCUCAGCUUUGGAGGAUGACCUGGCACAGACUAAAGCAAUCAAGGAUCAACUGCAGAAGUACAUCAGGGAACUGGAGCAAGCAAACGAUGACUUGGAAAGAGCCAAACGAGCCACGAUCAUGUCUCUGGAAGACUUUGAGCAGCGCUUGAAUCAAGCCAUUGAAAGAAAUGCCUUCCUGGAAAGUGAACUUGACGAGAAGGAGAACCUCCUAGAAUCUGUUCAGCGACUAAAGGAUGAAGCCAGAGAUUUGCGGCAGGAAUUGGCUGUGCAGCAGAAGCAGGAGAAGCCCAGGACACCCAUGCCCAGCUCAGUGGAAGCUGAAAGGACAGAUACAGCUGUGCAGGCCACGGGCUCUGUGCCGUCCACUCCUGUAGCUCAUCGAGGACUCGGCUCUGGUUUAAACACCCCAGGGACGUUCAAGCGUGGCCUGGACGGCUCCAACAGUGGCACCCCUCUCACACCUGCGGCCCGGAUUUCAGCCCUCAACAUCGUGGGGGACCUGCUGAGGAAAGUUGGGGCGCUGGAGUCCAAACUUGCAUCCUGCCGGAACUUUGUGUAUGAUCAGUCCCCAAACCGGACAAGUGGCCCAGUAUCAGGGCGUGGGGGCAAGAACAGAGAUGGCGGCGGCGACAGAAGGACAAGCAGCAAUGGCGUAUCUCUGGGUGACAAAGGGAGAGAAAACUGAGGCCCUGUGGGACCCUGCUCCUCACUCUUAGAACUCUGUGGGCCCCGGUGCUAGCCGGUUUGUCCUUGCCGUCCUGUCAGCUAAAUUGGUUUGCUCUGUCUGAAGGUUGGGAAAACGCCUGGAAUUCGGGAAGCCCCUCUCACAUCCAUCCUCGCCGCCGCUGCCGCUGCCGUCUGCUCCGGGUGUUGUCAAGGUGCUGCUUUAGGAACCCUCUCGAGCUGGAGCCCUGUCUGGCUGGGGUCCUUAUCUUUCCCCCUCCCUUCACACUAGGCUUGUUUUUUUAACUAGUUUGAGAAAUAAGAGCCAGCAGUCAUUAUAGUUUGCCUUGUGCUGUGUGGCCCAAGCCACUGACCGAGGCUGUCGGCCAUGGCCCUGGCGGUGUCCCUGUGAAAUGACGUCUCGCACGCAGUUCCUUGUCUCCCCCUUGGUGUGUGUGUGCGUCACAGAGACAGGGACAAACUGGGCCUCUAGGAAGGUUCUGAGUGUGGGUGACAAGGCUGUCCGUCCAUUGCUGGCUGUCGAAGAGUCCUGAUGUCCUUGAGGGGUGCUUUUAGGGUCCAACUCUUGGGCUCACCUCUUGGCCCCUUGCAUCUGGAGCUGUCUUCCAGAAUGGACUCUCAGUGCUUUACGGUGUGCAGAAAUCACAUCUUGGAGCAGUAAGAAAAGACAUAUGUGCCUCUUUACAACUGACCGUGUACCCCUGACUCUAAUGUGCCCCUCGUGGUGGUCCCUAGGAGCAUGUUUGCGUUUUGGAGCCAUUUUCAAGUCAGCAUCAGUGGGGAAUCUGCAGGUAAGGCCCAGCCCUUAAUCUCCCCAAGUUGCCUGCUCUGGCAUGGGGGUGACAGCCGCAUCAGGACCCUGGGGGUGCUUGGGGUACAGUGGCCUGGAUACUGCCGGCCCUAAGAAGAGGACUUCAUUCAAAGCCAUCGUGAAAUUACCGGGGUGGCCUUCAGAUUCGAUGAAAACAACAGAUGUUGUUGGAAGCGUGUUGGUGAAACAGAGAGACAAGCACAGCAGCCCCAGUUCCCCCACCCCAAGUCGUCUGCGUGCCUCUGCUUUCCUCUGCUUUCCGACACCAACAUCGACACCGCAGAAAGGAGCCUCCCAGGAGCCAGGAGUGCAGCCUGAUAGCCUUCACUUUUUACUAAAUUAUUUUCUGAAAGGACCAGCAAAACUAGGCCUUGAGUUGAAAAUAGAAUUUUCUAAGCACUCUCGAGGUUUGGCUGAGAAGUCAGCUGCGGGCCAGCCGGGUUUGUCACCUAACAUGUUCUAACCUGCGUGGUAAAAGAUGUCCUUUUAUUUUUUUAAAAGAACAAUAAAAUCAAGAGAAACUCGUGUUCA